GGGGGCAGCGCCGGGCGCGCUCGCUCGCUCACUCUGGCUGGCCGGCCGCGCUUUGCCACCAGCCCACCCGAAGCAGCAGCGGCAGGAGCAGCGCCCGCCGGCCUCUUUCCCUUCUCGGCGGAGCGGCGGCUUGGGGGCAGACUGAGGCGCGGGCUGCUGCGCGAUGGCGGUGGAAGAAGAGGGGCUGCGGGUGUUCCAGAGCGUCAGGAUCAAAAUAGGAGAAGCCAAAAACCUUCCUACCUAUCCAGGGCCAAACAAGAUGAGGGAUUGCUACUGUACUGUAAACCUGGACCAGGAAGAAGUUUUCAGGACCAAAAUUGUGGAGAAAUCACUAUGCCCGUUUUAUGGUGAAGACUUUUACUGUGAAAUUCCACGGAGUUUUCGUCACCUGUCAUUUUACAUUUUUGAUAGAGAUGUUUUCCGCAGGGAUUCAAUCAUUGGAAAAGUUGCAAUAUGGAAGGAAGAUCUGCAGACGUACCAUAAUAGAGACACCUGGUUUCAAUUGCAACAUGUUGAUGCAGAUUCAGAAGUACAGGGAAAGGUCCAUCUAGAGUUGAGACUCAGUGAAGUCAUAACAGAUACCGGUGUCAUUUGCCAUAAGCUUGCUACACGAGUUCUAGAAUGCCAAGGCCUGCCAAUAGUGAACGGACAGUGUGAUCCUUACGCAACAGUUACGUUAACAGGACCGUGCAGAUCAGAAGUCAAAAAGACUAAAGUUAAAAAGAAGACCAACAAUCCACAGUUUGAUGAAGUGUUUUACUUUGAGAUUACCAGACCCUGCAGUUAUAACAAGAAGUCCCACUUUGAAAUUGAAGAUGCUGAUGAAGUGGACAAGAUGGAAAUCAGAAUUGACCUUUGGAAUGCAAGCAACUUGAAGUUUGGCGAUGAAUUUCUGGGAGAAUUAAGGCUACCUUUGAAAUUUCUUCGGCAAUCUAGCUCUUAUGAAGCAUGGUACUUCCUCCAGCCCAGAGAUAACGGCAACAAGUCACUGAAACCAGAUGACCUGGGUUCCUUGAGGUUAAAUGUGGUUUACACAGAAGACCAUGUAUUUCCUUCAGACUAUUAUAGCCCACUUAGAGAUCUCUUGUUAAAAUCUGCAGAUGUUGAGCCUGUUUCAGCAUCUGCUGCCCAUGCGUUGGGUGAAGUUUGCAGGGAAAAACAGGAGGCAGCCAUACCUCUGGUGCGGCUCUUCUUACACUAUGGCAAAAUUGUGCCUUUCAUAAGUGCAAUUGCAAAUGCAGAAGUAAGAAGAACUCAAGAUCCAAACACCAUUUUCAGAGGAAACUCAUUAACUUCCAAAUGCAUUGAUGAAACCAUGAAAUUGGCAGGGAUGCACUACCUUCAGGUUACUCUAAAGUCAAUUAUUGAUGAGAUCUGCCAAGUACAUAAACCAUGUGAAAUUGAUCCUGUGAAGUUGAAAGAUGCUGAAAACUUGGAAACUAACAGGGAAAAUCUUAGGCAAUAUGUAGACCGGAUUUUCACUGUCAUUACAAAAUCUGGGGUCAGUUGUCCUACAGUGAUGUGUGAUAUCUUUUUUUCACUGAGGGAGUCGGCUGCAAAACGUUUCCAAGGUGACCCAGAUGUUAGGUACACAGCUGUAAGCAGUUUUAUUUUCCUGAGAUUCUUUGCUCCUGCAAUUCUUUCUCCAAACCUCUUCCAGCUCUCACCACAUCAUCCAGAUCCACAGACCUCAAGAACGUUGACACUUAUAUCCAAGACUAUACAAACCUUAGGCAGUUUAUCAAAAUCUAAAUCUGCCAGUUUCAAGGAAUCUUAUAUGGCUACAUUUUAUGACAACUUUAAUGAGCAGAAGUAUGCAGAUGCAGUAAAAAAUUUCUUAGAAUUGAUUUCAUCCUCUGGAAGAAGAGAUCACAAGAGCAUAGAGCAACCAAUACUACUUAAAGAAGGGUUCAUGAUAAAGAGGGCACAAGGCAGGAAACGAUUUGGUAUGAAGAACUUCAAGAAGAGAUGGUUUCGACUCACUAACCACGAAUUUACUUAUCAGAAAAGCAAAGGUGAUCAUCCACUGUGUAGCAUUCCAAUUGAAAACAUUCUGGCAGUAGAAAAAUUGGAAGAGGAGUCCUUCAAAAUGAAAAAUAUGUUCCAAGUGAUCCAGCCUGAAAGGGCCCUGUAUAUCCAAGCAAAUAACUGUGUCGAGGCCAAGGACUGGAUUGAUAUCCUCACCAAAGUUAGCCAGUGUAACAAGAAACGUCUCACUGUCUAUCACCCCUCUGCAUACCUUAAUGGGCACUGGCUGUGCUGCAAAGCUACUGCGGAUAAUACCCCUGGCUGUACUCCCUGCACUGGGGGCCUACCAGCAAAUAUACAGUUAGACAUAGAUGGAGAUAGAGAAACUGAACGCAUCUACUCCCUUUUUAAUUUGUAUAUGUCUAAACUGGAGAAAAUGGAAGAGGCUUGUGGCAGCAAAUCUGUAUAUGAUGGGCCAGAACAGGAAGAAUACUCAACCUUUGUCAUCGAUGACCCUCAGGAGACCUACAAGACACUAAAACAGAUUGUUGCAAGUGUUAAAACCUUAGAGCAGGAACAUGCCCAAUAUAAGAGGGAUAAGUUCAAGAAGACAAAAUACGGGAGCCAAGAACAUCCCAUUGGAGAUAAGAGCUUCCAGAGUUACAUCAGGCAGCAAUCAGAAAUUUCAGCACAUUCCAUUUGAAAUUUCAACAGAGUUGCUGAUAGGUUGGAUUAGAAGAAGAACAAGAAAAGGGAAGCCAUCUGUAGCAAGAUGUACAUAGAAAGCAUCAAGCUUGCUGAAGCUUGCUGAGUGUUUCCUCUCUCCAAGAACUGUUAAAGUAGCUGCUAUGCACUUUAAUUCAUCUGGUGUAAACAGAUGGAGAAACUCUGCCUUCUAGGUGGUUUUCAUUGGUUGUGUUGCAUUGUGUUUGUAUGUGUGUAUUUUGAAACGUCGCUAUGUUUUCUUGGAAUCUAGUGAUCAGUUCAAUGAUCAAGGCGUGUGGACUUCAUAUGGACAACUUCCACAGUUCCUUUACAUAACGGAAAGCCAACUAAAGUCGUUGAGAGCAUUUUCUAAAAUUCUUGUUAUUGGUUGUUGACCAGUUUUUGUGCUAUGCCUCACAGCGGUUAAAGAAGGCUUCUUUGCAGCAAAUCCCCCCCCCCCCCCCUUUUAAAUGGCAAUGUUUAAAACAAAAGUGGAGCAAAGCCCGUGUUUGGCAGUCUCCUAACACUGUAGCUUGCAUUACCAUAGACUGGGCAAAGAACGGGGCAUUUUGUUCUCAGUAGCAGCAUAAUCUUUGUUUUAGGGGUUGGCUUUUUAUGAGAAACUUAACUAUUUAAUGGUACUCCUUGAUAUUUUUUGAGAUGGAGAUGUUUCCACCAAGGCAAUUUUCUAUUUUUGCUAUAAGCAGUGCCAUAAAGUUAAAUAAUAAUACAACCUAAAGCAAAUAGUGAAGCAUGUAAAUAAUACAAAACUGCUAUGAAAGACUUUUCACAGAAAGCUUAGCUUGGGUAUCUGUGUGACUGUAUUUUUCUGCCAUUAUAAAGGAUCACUUCCAACAUGUUUCCUGCAUCUAUCAUACUUCCACCUAAGGGCGGGGAGGAAGUUCAGAUCAGAUGCAGUUUUGUUUUCCUGCAUGUGCUCCUGUUUAACUGUGUGCAGACAGUCGAGCGUACAGAAAGUAGGAGUGGAUUUACUGUCUAGCACUGUAGUCCCAAAGUGUUCUGAGCCUCAGCAGGUUCUUUCUCAGGGGAAAUGUGAAAAGCUAGAAACUGCUGUAUCUUCUCAUAAUACCCUCUGGACUGCUGCAGCUUAGACACCAGUGCAUUUCAGACAGAAAGGGAUUCUCACAUGUUUCUCUGCUCAUGGCUUGCACACUCAAUACAGACCUUGUAGGAAGACCACAUCUCAUUCACAAACAACGUCCCAACUGCCUGUAAAAAGGGACAGAGGUGUAAUUUCAGAGAGGCUUGUUCUAAUUAGGAACUGGUGGUGCUCUGUCUGGGGAAAGCAUCUGGGGCGGAAAGCCUGUCAAUGUGAGAAGCUUUCAGCACCCUGAGUGGAAAGUUGUGAAGGUUUUUUUAUUUAGCGGUGUUCAAAACUGAAGUUCAUAUUCUCCUAGCCCUAAUUGUUUGUUUGAGGGGGAUGAGAUUUAUACUUUCUACAAAAAAAAGUUUUGAAAAUAUAGAUGUUCCUUUUUAAAAAAAAAAAAAAAAUUGCAUUAACACACCAUUGUAACUUGUUAAUACGUUAGAUAACGUGGAAUGAGUUAUGUACCUCAUAAUUACCAGUAGAUAUUGCUAAUAAGAAGUAAAGAUACCAUAUAUGUGAUGUUUAUGUAUAUGCACGUGUGUGUGUGUACAGAGAGACAUAUACACCCACCCGUGCAUAUAUGUAUGUAUUUGUGAUUUAGCUGUAUGUCAUUGCCUUUCUUCAAAGGUCUUCUGCAAUGCAUGUUGGGCUUUGAUAGAAGCCUGAGUAAUGUAAUGGAAGUGAUGGGGGUUCUGGGUGGGGUGGAAAAUGUUUUUGGACCAUACUGAAUUGAACUUUCAGCUUGAUGUCAAGAUUCCAUCUUUUUUACCUGAUCAUGUUUCCAGACAAAUCUUCAGUGUCCUUUAGGCAUUUGAAGUAUUAAAGAAACACUGAAACUAAAUCCAGACCCACAACACUCAAAUCCUAUUUAAAUAAACAAGUCUCUCUCUCUCUCUCUCUCUUUUCCCCCCUCCCCCAGCCUCUGUUUUUUAGCAGUGUUACAUAUUUCCCUUGUUUCUUAGCAAUGCAUUAUGUUACAGACAAGAAACGGUAUCCUGUCAAUUGCUAGCAGAAAGGUUGGGGAAAAAGUAUGUGCCGUAAACUGCCCUCUAAAUGCCAUGGUGUUUUGUUUUUUUAAAAUGUGUAUUUGUAACUUAAUAGUCUUUUAAUUAAAUACUAAUGACCUGCAAUGUGUGUUCUACUUGCCAAUUAAAAGAAGUGUUUUAUUUCAGAAAA